AACUGUUGUUCGUGCAACAUGUAUCAAAGAACGUUGCUUAAAUUUCGAAGAAAGGAUAAGUGAUAAAGAUUCUAACUUCGAAUGAUAUGAAUUUUUGUUUAAAUUUUGUGCUCAUAAAAUGUUUAAAAAUUUAUACUUUUGAUGAUAAUUUUUAAAUAAACUAAGGGUUCUCACAACAUUCGCGAUGUUAUUUUAGUUUAAAACUUUUAAAAUGACCCUAACAAAUUAAUAUUUUGAUCUGAAAGUAUGUUUCAAAAUUAAUAAAAAAGAAACAAAAAAUAAGAAAAGUAUCAUAAGGAGUGAAACGAGUGAAAACAGAAACCGAUCAAAUGAUUCUAUAAAAUUCAAUAAAUUUUAAAGAAGAAGAAGAAGAAGUAGAAAAUGGAGAAAAUGUUGAUACUCCAAUUAAUUGUUAUAUUUAGCCUAUGCUGGACGAUUCAUUGUGAUUUAUUGGACUUAUAUGUUCAACACAUGGAUGAGACAAUGAGGACGCAGGCGUAUAGUAAAAUGCAUCAUCCGAAGAAUCUUUUAAACAGGUCAAAGCGUAGUGUACAAGACGAGCCACUGUUGAGAAUUCAGAGUAUGUUCAAAAAACAACGUCUUGACGUCGACGAGGAAUACUGGAAGCAAAGGAACAAGGAGCUUGUACCGUACGGAGAAGACGGACUCGAUUUUCCGAACGAUAGAGAAGAAACUUUAGAUUCCAGUCAGUAUGAAUUAAUAAGAAAUUCAACAGAAAAUAAUAUUUCAUUGAAUACCGAAGAUGAAACAACAACAACAACAACAGCAACGACAACGAUUAUAACCGAUGAAAAUAAUUCAGACGCUUCUUUCGAAAUAGAAUUAUCGGAUAAUGAACCAAAAAUUGAUAUGAACAGUACUAAAGAGGAUAUAGAAAUCGAAGAGUUAAACGAUAGUUUGGAAGAAAUGCAACCAAACUUGGAUGAACUCAAAGGAAACGGGAACGUCGAAGUAAUUGAGGAUACCAAAUUUUUCGAGAAAAAAAUAACAAACAAGGACUCGACGUCCGAACAAAUCAAAAUUAUCAAUGAAGAAGAAACUGAUAAAGUUUCUUCGGCUUCUACAGUUUUUAGUGAGACCACCUACAAGAAAGCUCCGAAACCAUGGAGUCGCGUGCCAAAGAAAUAUUUUCCAGGUUUCGACAAGAUACCUAAAGAAUUAUACAGCGGCAAGGGUUAUUACAUAUCCAACGAAGAUGCUGAUGUGGUUAGAUCAAAGAGAAAUACAAAGGAGAGAAUAUUUCCUAGGUAUGAGAGACUCGACGAGGAUGGUAAUGUUAUCCUCGAGUGGGAUCCUUCGGACGAGGAAAAGAUCACGUUCAGAAUUACUGCGAAAACGUUGGGUUACGUUGGUAUUGGAUUCAAUGAGAAGAGUCACAUGAAAGGAGCUGACAUUCUUCUCGCUUGGGUCGACGAUCAUACUGGGGCUGUCAAUCUUCUGGAUUCGCAUGGUAUGGAAGAAUCUAAUGGAGCACCUAUUACGGACACUUCUCAAGACGUUCGUGUUCUCGAGGGUUACCAAAAUGACACUCACACAAGCGUCACUUUCGUCAGGAAUUGGCAAACUUGCGAUCCUCAAGAUCAUCAGCUUACGGGCGAUACUGUAAGAGUCUUAUGGGCUUUACACGAGAACGACCCGGAAUUGAACACGGCAAGUUGGCACGGCGACAAACGUGGUGGAAGAGCGUUAAGACUCAGAACUCCAUCUCCACAUGGUCCACCUCAAGAAAUGCAAGAUACCAGACAUUGGGAUGUAAAAUUAAAUCAGUUUAUGGUAACCGACUCAAUGGACACCGUAUAUUGGUGUAAAAUCUUUAAAGCACCAUCUCUGACUAAGAAGCAUCAUAUGAUUGGGUAUACGCCUCUGGUGGAAAAAGCAAACGAAGACUUGGUACAUCACAUAAUAGUGUACGAGUGUGCUUCAACUUUACCAAUUCUCGGUCAGUAUGCUAGAAUCGUAGGUGCACCUUGUUAUAGUCCCACGAUGCCACGUGAAUGGGAAUCCUGUUUGCAGCCUGUCUUGGCUUGGGCUCGUGGUAGCAAAGGAGAAUGGCUUCCAGAACACGUGGGAAUUCCCAUAGCUGAACAUCAAGAGGGUUCCUAUUAUAUGUUAGAAGUACAUUAUAAUAAUCCUAAGUUAAAAAAAGUGAUAGAUAGCAGUGGAGUACGAAUUCAUUUAACACCAAACCUCCGUGCUCAAGAAGCAGGCAUUCUCGUAGCUGGUGUAGCAGUUAGUCCACUUCAUUUGGUACCUCCGAAACAAAAAGAAUUUGCUACAGCUGGAUAUUGUACACCACAUUGCACAAACACGAUGUUUCCCGAAGACGGUGUAAACGUUGUUUCGGUAGUACUACAUUCGCAUUUAGCUGGUCGUCGUUUGAGUUUAAAACAUAUUCGUAAUGGAAAAGAACUUCCUAGAAUUGUGCAGGACAAUCACUUUGAUUUCGAUUACCAACAAUCGCACACCUUAGAAAAAGAAGUGAAAAUUUUACCGGGUGACGAAUUGGUAGCUGAAUGUGUUUAUAGAACAUUGGACAGAACAAAACCAACAAUAGGAGGUUAUGCUGCUUCGCAAGAAAUGUGUUUAGCAUUCGUGAUACAUUAUCCGAGAACACCAUUAGCAGCUUGUUAUAGUAUGACACCCGUGAAAGAUUUUUUCAAAGCGCUUGCUGUAAGUAGCUUCAGAGGUAUCACCAUGGAUCAUGUAGAAAAACUUUUUCUCACUGCUGGUGCCGAUCCAGUGAGUUUACCUCCUACGGUUAGACAACAGCUUCCAGUUUAUCCUGCAACGAAACCUAGUGAACAGAUCGACGAGGAAAUUAUCAGAGUAGCACAGUCAGCAUUGAAAGCAAUGAGAGAGUAUUCAGAGGGACAAGAAAAUUAUAACGUCUUUUCCCAUCUUAUUAUCGAAGAACCUGAAGAAUUUAGAGGUCGAACUUUAGCAGAACAUUUACUUGCUUUACCCUUGACUGACGAAUUGAUUGCCAGAUCGAUGGAGAAAAGUCUUUAUUAUGGUAGACAUAUGACAUUUUGUAGAAAAAGGGACGAUAAAUUAGCAUUGCCAGCAAAUAUUCAAACGUUCCCAAAUUUUACGGCAUUAUUGGAACAAAACGAAACUGUUUGUAGCGAGCUCAAAAUGUCUUCAUCUAAUAAUAAAUCAUCCAAAACUAAUUCCAGUUUCGUCAUCAUGUUACUUACAGUUAUAAGUAUUAGGAUUUUCGUUUACUGAAAACAUUGACAAAGAUUUAUAUAACCGUAUAAAUUUGUACAUCAGUGGAAAUUUAUUAUUUAUUGCGAAUAAAUCUAUAUACGUAAUAUUCGGUCUCCGUUAGUCUAGACUAUUCGAAACAGGUCGAAGAUUAUCGAAUAUUAUGUUGACAACGAUAACGAAUAUUUCCUCCUUAACAUGACAGAGGAAAAUAGAGAAAGAAAGAAAGAGAAAGAGAGGGAUAAAGAUAAAAACAGCAAUAUUUUGUCCAAUUUAUUAGCAGCGUAGAUGACGGACGUGCAAAUAAGUUGCCUACCCUUUUUAAUACAUGAGCUGUUCAUUGGUCAAAGCGAUUAACUUUAUUUUAAGGAGUUUUUUAAAAUUUUACUAUCAAAGUAUUUGAUCAAUACUAAACUUUUUAUAUUCAACUCAUUUAAUGUCGAACAACGUUUGUUACACUGGCGAAAAGUACUAACGAUUAUAUAUCGUUUCGUAAUUGUUAACGCAUGUUCCUACAUGUAGUAAAAGAACAAUUAAACCUAAUAUUUGGGAUACAUUUAAUCCAGCUGAGAAUUUAUUCAUAUUUUUGCCGUUGCUUCAUAGUCAUUAUGUUACAAAUUAUUGAAAAUAUGUUACUUAUGGUUUAUUUGACAACGUAUAAUAGUAUUUUGUUAAAGCUGGAAUAUUGAAAGGAAGUAAACCGAUACCCAAAUAAUGAAAGAACAAGGAAUAAGUAGGACGAAUAAUUAUUGUUAAAUUAUCUCAUUUACCUGAUAUAUUAUAUUUAAAUAAUUAAAGCCUAAAAUAAUCAGGUUUAACAUUACUAAAUGAUAACAAUUAUUAUGGUCGCUACAUAAUAAAUGAUACGACAAUGUACAGAAGAAACACAAAUUUUUAUAAAUAUUCUAAUAUUAUAUAUAAACAUUUUCAUAUCUAGAAGUUAAUGGCCACAACUUUCAGUAUCUCUUGUAAUUGUAGAGGCCAAAGGUAAUUUCUUAGAUUAUGCACUGACUACUGUCCACAAAUUUAUUACUAUAUUACAUGAAAAUGAGUACAAGCUUGUAAAUUAGUAUCUUGUACACGAUGUUACGCGAGGAACAUUGAGUUCCAUGUUUGUUAGCAUAUUUCUUAAUUGAGUCGAUGAAGUUUUUAUGAGAUAAAUCUUCGUCCAUUGAACUAAAUAUGUUUAGGUAUAUAUAUAUAUAUAUAUA